AUGAAGCCUUCAUCUAGGCAAGGCAUAAGGCUGGCAUACCUGCUCCUGAAUUUGGCUCCUCUCUGCCUUCCCACCCCACUCUGGAAGGACCGGGACUCCCUAAUGCAGGAGGAGAAAGCCCAACAGACAGGUGGCAACUUGCUGCUGAGUAGACAGGAACAGCAGCUCAAUACGAAGCUUGUAAACCUCAAGAAGAAGGAGGUUGCAACAGCCAUAACUACAGGACAGUUUCCUCCAAGCAUGCACUUCUUUCGGGCAAAAGGUCUCAUUGAUCAGAGCAUGGUGUUCAGCAUCUUAAAGCGCAUGCCAAAAGGUGCUGUCUUACACCUGCACGACUAUGCCAUCCUGAGCGUGGACUGGCUGGUGCACAAUGCCACCUACCUCCCCGACUGCUACAUCUGCUUCACCCCCACGGGCACCAUUCGAUUUCGCUUUUCCAAGCCUCACCCUCCCCAUCCGCUGCCAGACCAGUGCUCCCAGUGGGUUUUGCUGGAGUCUUACCGGAAGCAGGUGGACAACGUGACUGAGUUUGAUAGCAGCUUGCUGAGAAACUUGACCCUGGUGACAGAUUCCCCUGAGCUGGCCUACCCUUCUCAGUCUUUCAUUUGGAAAAGAUUUGAAGAAGUCUUUCUCAUUGCCUCUGGACUUAUCUGCUAUGCACCUGUGUUCAAGGCCUAUUUCUACCAGGGGCUGCUGGAGCUCUAUGCAGAUAACAUACAGUAUGUGGAGAUAAGAGCUAUCCUGCCUGCGGUGUAUGAACUGGAUGGCACCCAGCACAAUAAGUCAUGGUCCGUGGCAGCCUAUCGGGAAGUGACCAGGCAGUUUGUGAAGGAGCACCCGGACUUUCUGGGAGCCAAGAUUAUAUUUUCAGCACACAGGAUGCUGAAUGUUUCCCAGAUUAAAGAAGCCAUCGUCACUGCCAUGGCACUCAGAGCCAAAUUCCCAGACACCCUGGCAGGAUUCGACCUGGUUGGUGAUGAGGAUGAAGGUCAUUCUCUAUGGGACCUGAAGGAUGCCCUGACUAUCCCGUAUUCCCUGGGGGCCAACUUGCCAUACUUUUUCCAUGCUGGGGAGACUGACUGGCAGGGCACCUCUGUAGACAAUAAUGUCCUGGAUGCACUGCUACUGAAUACCAGCCGGAUUGGCCAUGGACUCGCCCUUAUAAAACAUCCAGUAGCCAAAAAUUUGUCUCUGAAGAAGGAUAUCCCUGUAGAAGUCUGUCCCAUCUCCAACCAGGUCCUGCUGUUGGUAGGUGACUUGCGGAACCACCCUGCUGCUGGCCUUAUGGCUGAAGGACACCCCGUUGUGAUCAGCCCUGACGAUCCCUCCAUCUUUGGGGCAAAGGGAGUGUCCUACGACUUCUACGAGGUGUUCAUGGCCGUUGGAGGAAUGAAUGCUGACCUGAGGACCUUAAAACAACUUGCACUCAACUCCAUAAAAUACAGCGCCAUGCUACCAGAUAAGAAAGCCAAGGCCAAAGAGGUCUGGCAGAAAAAAUGGGACCAAUUUGUGGCUGACCUCUCUGAUAGCUUUUUGAGGGAGCUUUAAAGGGAGGAAACUCAUCACAGAAGGCAUUUGGCAAGCCAGAGCCAGACAGGCCUGUUGCUAAAAGAGAGACUGCUUCUUCCAUGUGACCUGAGCAGAUGAACAAACC